CUUUUAACCCAAUUUUUGAAUAGAGUUAACUUCAAGUUUUUAGCUUCCUUAAUAUAAUACUCUCUGUUUCACUGUAUAUAUGUCUGCUCUGUCCUUUCACUAAAGUAAAAAGUUUUAUAUGCUGAUUACCAUGUAUAAAGUCUUAAGAGACAUUGUUUGUGAGCUUUUUGUCUACCAGUGUUUUUGCCUAUAAUUAAAAUGCUCAUGUUAUUUCAACUUAACUGACCAUUUCAAGAACCAUGAGAAGGAAUUUUAUCAUCUUAUCUCUCAUAGUUUUUCUUCUACUUCUUGAAUUUUCAUCAGCCUCAGCCUCAGCCACCCCUGCUGCAAAGAUUGUUGGUGGGGUUGUCACAAAUGUUGCUUCUGUGCUAUUUAAGUGGUUGUGGUCACUAAAAUCGCCGGCAAAAACAGCUGUUUCCAGCCGUUCGAUGGUCAAGUUUGAGAGUGGAUAUAUUGUUGAAACUGUGUUUGAUGGAAGCAAGCUGGGAAUUGAACCUUACUCAGUACAAGUUUCUUCAACCGGAGAGGUUCUCAUUUUGGACUCUGAGAAUAGUAAUAUUUACAGGGUUUCAACACCAUUGUCUCGAUAUAGCCGUCCAAAAUUAGUUGCCGGAUCUCCUGAAGGAUACUCGGGGCAUGUGGAUGGGAGGCUACGAGAAGCAAGGAUGGACCAUCCUAAAGGACUUGCCAUGGAUGAUCAAGGAAAUAUAUAUGUUGCAGAUACCAUAAAUAUGGCUAUCAGAAAAAUUAGUGAUGCUGGAGUUGUAACUAUUGCUGGAGGGAAGUCGGUCCGAGGUGGAGGUCACAUUGAUGGGCCAAGUGAAGAUGCAAAGUUUUCCGACGACUUUGAUGUGGUUUAUGUUGGAAGCAGCUGUUCACUUCUAGUUAUAGACAGAGGAAACAGGGCAAUUAGAGAAAUUCAGCUCAAUGAUGAUGACUGUUCACACAACCAGUUUGACGACAACAAUCUCCAUCUUGGUGUGGCACUGCUUUGUGCUGCUGGAUUUUUCGGUUACAUGCUCGCUUUAUUACAACGUAGAAUUGGAGCGCUAUUUUCAUCAAACAGCAACGAUCAACGGACUCCUGUUAGGGGUGUGCAGCAUGCAACGUAUCAGAGAAAUACGAAGUCAGUGAGGCCUCCCUUAAUUCCGCCAGAUGAUGAAUACGAUAAACCAGAGGAAAACCUGUUUCUGUCUCUGGGAAGGCUUGUUCUGAACACAGGUUCAACUGUGGGUGAAAUAUUCGGAGGAAUGUUCUCGGGUUUUAGAAAGAAGCAUUACCCCCAUCAUGUCCAGCAGCAUUACCAUUACCCUCACAAACAAUCAAGUGCAUGGCCAAUGCAGGAAAGCUAUGUAAUUCGAGAUGAAGACGAGGCCCCGUCCCUAGACACGAGAGAUCCUACACCCCGUAAAACCUAUCCAUUAAUGAACAAAGACCCAGAGAAAGCACGACAUAUGAGACAAAGUCAAUCCCAUUAUGGAGGAUGGAAUGGGAAUGCACAUGGGCACGGCAAUUUUCAGCAACAUCAACAACAAUUUCUGCCACAAGUAUAUCAGCAUCACGAGAAGCACCAGUCGUCUAGUCCUCAAACAUACUACGAGCAAAGCUGUGAAUCAAACGAGAUUGUGUUUGGAGCAGUUCAAGAACAGGAUGGACGACGUGAAACCAUGGUGAUAAAGGCUGUUGAUUAUGGGGAUCCUGCUUAUAAUAUUCACAACAUCCGAUCCAGGUACAACUACAACACGGGUUACUCAUUCGGAUAUUGAAUAAAAUACAUAAUGCAAAUUGCUAGACUAUAGUGUAGACAUCAAUCUGGACUAUGUCUGGAUUUCACUUUCUUGUAGUAUCUUUCACAGGGAAUGAAUAUGAUAAUAGAAAGUA